GCCUCGGACCUCUUUUGGGAACGACUGUUCCAGGCUCCUCGGGAAGCUUCUGUGAGGACGGUGAAGGAAGUUACAGCCCAUGUUUGGAAGUGUUCUUCCUCGCUGUAUCAGCCGGACAGCUUCAGUCUGUCGGACAGCUCAGGGUGUAGCCGCACGUGAAGAGGAUUCCUCUCCUGUACGGAUCGUUUAAUAAAGAUUAAUUCAGCAACAUGGCUCAGGCGAAGAUCCAGGCGAAAAUGACCGAGGCUCCGUGCAAGUUCAGCAGGACGAUGUCCAUGGCUGAUCGCUCCGGACGCCUGCUGGAAAACUUGGAUCAGCUGGAAAUGAGGGUGGAGGCUUUACGUGAAACAGCAUCGGCCAUGGAGCAGGAAAGGGAGUGCAUCCUGGAAAUGAUUCAGUCCAUACAGAAUAGUCAAGAAAUGCGAAACAUCUGUGCUGGCGAGAGAGAAGAGUUGGAUUUGACUUCAAACCGUCUGAUGGGCCGCACACUCUCUGUGGAGAUCUCUAUUGGCACCAUCCGAAACUCCCAGCAGGAGGAGGCGCUGAGCAAGGCCACAUCUAUCAUUGACGAAAUGGUGAAGAAGUUACUGAACGACAUGGCAGGUGGCCGGCAGCAGCUGAUGGCCCUGCAUGCGGCCUGUGUGAGCGAGGCCCCACCUGUUCCCAUCGACCAGAAGUUCCAGGCCCUCGUGAUCAGCUGUGCUAUGGAGGACCAGAAGAAGAUCAAGAGGCGGCUGGACACUCUGUUGAGGAAUGUUGAAAAUGCUGAAAAGAACAUUAAAAUCAUGGAUAAUCAAAAACUGGAUGGCUCAAAAGCCAAUGGCUGCUAGUAAGACUUAUCACCAAAUCAAAAAACAUGUUUUUAAUACCACUAAACUUUUGUAACUCUUAACUAGCUUUAUGAAGGACUUGGGGAUAUGUUAGUAAACAAGCCCCUCAUUAAAAGGGAGUGUAGGGCCAAAUAUCCAUCAUUCACUCUGAAGGAAUAUUUGUGUUUCUGGAAUUAUCAAGUUUUACUUUUUAAUGUUUGUCAUUUACACCAAGCAACUUAAUUUACCUUUUACACAAUGCAAGUUCACAUGUGCACAUAAGAAAGAUAUCCAAAGUCAAAGUCAGAGUGGAUAAUUGAAGACAUCCAUCAACCAAAGGCUUAACAAUGAUUCCGAUGUUGCAGAGUAUCUGUCUCACUUGUAUCUCACUGUUUAAAUCAACACUUCACUUGGUAAGGAUUUGGGAAGUGCACACACACUACCUCUUUGUGUGAAAGCAACACAAAUGACUUAAAGCUGUGGGUUUAAGUUUGUAUUUGCACAAAGCAUUUUUCUAUGUGAGAUUGUGUGUCAAGAAAAAUGAAUAAAAAACACAUUGUGUAAUUGA